CUCUCUCUCUCUCUCUCUCUCUCUCUCUCUCUCUCUCUCUCUCUCUCUCAUGCAAAGAAGACGAUGGAGCUUGGCUUAAGCUUAGGAGAUGCUUCAAAGCCGUUUGGGUGCGGAGAAAAAUCCAGAGACGUCUCUAACAGAGGCAGCUUAGGCUUUUGCAUGGCCUUAUCCAUUGGUCCAAAUCAACGCCAAGAACAAGAGCACAGCCAUGAUAAUUCUACAGAUACAGAAUCAACCAAAAUCAAUACACCAACCCAUCAUCGUUUCUCCCCCGUAGGUCCACCUUUAGUCCAGCUUCAUCUUCUACCAAACACUCCAGUCCAACGCAGCAACCACCACCAUGCUUUUCCUUGGACCUCUUCUGCUGAUAAUAAUAAUAAUAAUGGGAGUUGUGAGGCGGCGGCUUCAGGGAACUUGGCCAGAGGGUUAGAUGUGAAUAGGCUCCCGGCUGUUGAGCAGGCUGAGGAUGGGGCUGCACUUUCAUCUUCGCCGCCUAAUAGUGCAGCCUCAUCGUUUCAGAUGGAUUUCUGCAUAUACAGUAAAAAAAGUGGAAACUACGAAGCUGAGAUUGAGAGAGCUUCUUCUAGAGCCAGUGAUGAGGAUGAGAACGGUUGUGCCAGGAAGAAACUCAGACUCUCGAAGGAACAGUCUGCUUUUCUUGAAGAAAGCUUCAAAGAACACAGUACUCUCAAUCCUAAACAAAAACUUGCACUUGCAAAGCAGCUUAAUCUCCGUCCACGCCAAGUAGAAGUCUGGUUUCAGAAUAGACGAGCAAGGACAAAACUGAAGCAGACGGAGGUGGAUUGUGAGUACUUGAAGAGGUGUUGCGAAGCAUUAACAGAAGAGAAUAGAAGAUUGAAUAAGGAGCUUCAAGAAUUGAGAGCCUUAAAGACUUCAAAUCCAUUCUACAUGCAACUGCCUGCCACCACCCUAACCAUGUGCCCUUCUUGUGAGCGAGUUGCCACCACCUCCACAGCCACCGCGACAACCACCACCAACGCUACUCCAAGCACCACGAUGAAGCACGCCAGUAUCACCAACGACAAUAAAGAUAACGAUAAUAACAGUGAUCCCACAUCUAAGACCAUAGCCGCAGGGCUGUCUCUGGCAAGACCCCUGUUCUAUCCGUUUUCUCAUCAGACACAAGCCAUUGGCCAUCAGCCCACUUCUUCAUGAAAUUAGGGAGAGAAAACUAAAGGGUCGUCUUGUUUUGAAGAUUUGUACAUAUAUAUGCAGAGUUUGGGGGAGAAUCUUGAUACAGGUAAAUUGAUUCUAUUGAUUGAUUUGAUGGGGUUAAUUACUUAAUUGGGAUCAUAUUCUGGAAGAAAAUUCUUAAUUCUGAGUUGGUUUUUGUAUGUCAUAUAAUUUGUGAUAUGGUAGAGAUUCAUAGGAGAAAUACAGUAAGUAGGAGUUAGCCAUGUUAUAUUAUCAAAUGUUUUCUUUCCU